CCUGGCAGCUCAACCUGUCUCCACCUAAGGCUUUCUGUUAUUUAUUUCAAAAUAGAGGAGUCUACACACUGUGGAGCUCGAGAUGGUCCUGAGUGGGGUGCUGUGCUUCCGAAUGAAGGAUGCGGCAUUGAAGGUGCUCUACCUGCAUGAGAACCAGCUUCUGGCUGGAGGGCUGCAUGCUGGGAAGGUCAUUAAAGGUGAGGAGAUUAGUGUUGUCCCCAAUCGGUCACUGGACACCAGGCUCUCGCCAGUCAUCCUGGGCAUCCAGGGAGGGAGCCGGUGCCUGUCGUGUGGGACAGGGCAAGAACCGACUCUGAAACUAGAGCCAGUGAACAUCAUGGAGCUCUACCUUAGUGCUCAAGAAUCCAAGAGUUUUACCUUCUACAGACGGGACACCGGGCUCACCUCUAGCUUCGAGUCGGCUGCCUAUCCAGGCUGGUUCCUCUGCACUGUGCCUGAAGCAGACCAGCCCCUGAGACUCACCAAGCUCCCUGAGUACGCCGGCUGGGACGCCCCCAUCACAGACUUCUACUUCCAGCAGUGUGACUAGGGCAGUAUGCCCCAUGACUCCCUGGGCAGGGCCAGCUAGGGCAGGGGCUGGUGGAGGAGACCCAUGGCGACCACUCCCCUGUGCUGCCAUGGCCCUCACCUCUGGCUGGGCAUAGGGCCGUACUCCUUCCUCCUGCUUCCUAGUUUAGGUAAAUUCUCCUGAGACCUGGGGCUCUGUCCACAGUUUCCUUCCCUGCUGUGGAAUCUUGUGAAAACUACCAGGAAUGAACCAGGAGUUACACAACAGAAUCUCCAAGGGCCCGGGUGGAGGGGAGUGGUGGGAAUUAUUUAUACUUAAUAGUAAUUUGGAAUCCCUGGGUGGGGCAAAUGGUUAACGUGUUUGGCUGCCAACUGAAAAGUUAGAGGUUCGAGUCCACCUAGCAUCACCUGGGAAGAAAGCCUGGAUGAUCUACUUUCAAAAAAUCAGACAUUGAAAAUUCUGUGAACAUAGUUCUAUUCUGACACACAUACAAUGGUCAUGAGUAGGAAUUGACUCUAUGGUAAAUGUUAUUGUUUUUUAUAAUAUAUAUCCGGAGUCCCUGAACAGUACAAGCCAGCCUGUCUAUAGUUGAGCCCUACUGCUGCCAGGUCCCACAGAGGUUCUGCCAUUCACCAUUGUGCAGGAGAAGAAGGGUGGGUCCUUGGUCUAGCCCCUUCCCUUUAAUUUUGCUGGCACCACAUCCUUUUUCCAUCUUGGCCAAGGAGAUACUGGCCCUUAUCAUCUAGCCAUGAGUGUGAGAGUGUGGUGGUGCCGGAGAAAAUGACUCCAGCUUAGAAGACAGAAGACACAUUUUUGAAGACCCAAGUACAAUUAAAAUCCCAGAUGCUGGUCUGUAUUUAUAUGGAAAGAUGCUCAUGACACCUUAAGUGAGAAGAGCAUGGACACCAUUUUAGUUUAAAACAAACAAACAAAUUAAUUCCAUUUUAGUUUAAAACAAACAAAAAAAACCCACAAAGCUCCUAUCUGUGUAUUCCUACAUAAGGAAAAGUCUGGAAGAGUAUAUUUAAAUUUUAACAAUGUCAAGGUGGUGUUAUUAUAGAUGGUUUUUCUUUUUACUUAUCUGUAUUUUCUGCAAAUGAAGAGAGAGUACUUGUAUAAUAAUAAUAAUAAAAGAAAUUAAUCCUGAGGUAGGCAGAGUGGACAUCAUGGUUCAGAUUGGCCUCAGCUCCCACUUUCCCAGAGUGAAAUUCAAAUUGAAUUGAGCUUUGCUGCUCUGAUUUGUAGCAGCAGAGUUAGAAAACAGAUCUCGGCAAAGCAAUUGAGAAAGAGAAUGUGAUGGUUUAGUGUGGCUGGAAUCUCAUGAGAACGGAAUUUACAGGGGAAAAAAAAAAGUCCUGUAUUUUGACCUGGAGAUUCCAAGGUGUGAUAGUCAGUUUCCAAGAUGACUGCCAACAAUUCCUGUCUCUUGAUAUUCAUACCCGAUGUGUCCCCUCCCACAUUGUACCAGAGUUUGUCCUGGUGACCAAUAAAAUAUGGCAGAAGUGAUGGCAUACCACUUCUGUAAUUAGGUUAUAAAAGAUGCUGUGAUUUCUGUCUUGGGCUUUCUCUCUCUCUCUGUCUCUUGGAUCACUACUCUGGGGGAAACCAGCUGCCAUGUUGUGAGCAGGCCUAUAGAGAGAGACAUGUGAUAUAGAAGUGAAGCCUCCAGCCAAUAGCCACAUUAAUGAGCUCGGAACCAGAUCCUCUAGCCCCAGUCAAGCCUUCACAUGAUGGCAGCCCGGGAGUUUGCAACUUCAGGAGAAACUCUGAGCCAGAAUCACAUAGCUAAGCUGAUCCCAGAUUCCUGACUUUCAGAAACUGUGUGAGAUAAUAAAUGUUGUUUUAAGCUGCUAAGUUUUGGGGUAACUUGUUUUGCAGCAAUAAAUAAGUAAAACACAGUGAAAAAGCAAUAAAUGUGUUUAUUUUAUUAUUAGCCAAUUUUUACCAGCGUUUUUAUUUUCCUUCACAAAGCAAACAACUGUCUUUUUAUUUCUCCAAGUGUUCUCUUUAAAAAUCUUUCCUCACUAUCUUUGCACCUUCAGUCAUAAGUGCCAGGGACUGUGUCUUGACAGUCUCUACCUAAGCUCUAGGAGCUGGACCCAUCUCUGAGCCCUAGAUAAGACCAGCCUGGUAGGUUCAAAAUCUGCUGAGGGACUGGCAAGGAGGUGGCCAGGCCAGAAGGGACUGCCUCUGUGGGUCUUAGUAACUUCAGUUUAGAUGCAGUUUAAGUCACUGGGCAUCAGGCAGCACAACUCGACGACUGGGCUCUCAAGGCUGAAGAGAGCAUGAGUAACAGGGUUCAAGCUGUGUUUCUACAGACCCAGUUCAUAUUCUCUCUUUGCCAACAUGCCCAGACACUGUCUCGAGAUGUUCCCUCUGCUUUAGAACUCUUCACUCAUCCUCUCUGCCUCGAGAAAUCUUUAAUCUUUUAAGGUGCUCUUAAGAUGUCACCCUCUCCAAGAGCCUUCUUUGUUGAGUUGAUAUCUCUGGUCACCUGCUCUAAUAAUGUUUUAUGCACAUCUUUAUUGUAGCCUCCCACAUUGUAGUGAGAUGUUUUGGAGUCUAUGGCCCCUAGAAUGAGCUCAAUGUCAAGGCUGUAUUAUUUUAUUUCUCAACACCUACUUGGCAAAUAAUUGAAACUCAGUGAGUACAGAAUGUGGAAACUAUUUCUCCAUCCUGGAAUAUUAUCUUCUCCUCCACCUAUCUAAAUAGGUCAACUCUUAAGGGAGCAACUCGAAUUCCACCUUAUGCUUGAAGGUCUCUCCAGGCUGAAAUGAUUGCUUUAUCAUUUGUGGGGUGAUGUAGUUCCAAGGGAAUAGAAUCUCAAGAAUGAGUUUCUGAAUUGCUUCUGGGGCUUCUGGAACUGGGUCUUGAACCUGACUAGAUAUAAGGGUACAAAUGACUCCAAUCAUUGGAUUUAUCAUGUAAGACUGUUCACCUCCCCCAGGAGUGUCCAGAGGACACACCACCUUUCAACAAAACCGAGGAAUAGAUUUGUGAAGGGAGCCCCAGUAUCCUUGAAGAGCUCUGUUGUAUCUCUCCUCUAUAGAUCAGCUACUACAGACGGAAUUGCUGCCACUGAAUAGGUUAAGUGCUGCUACU